CAGCAAAAGCUUCCAGAAGACACUGAGAGAGAAGCCAAGCUUAUCAAAAUACGAGAUUCUCUGCAGAACCGGAGAUCUAGGAGGAUUCAUCCGUUGGAAAGAGGAUGGACCAGUGCAAAAAAGGGUGGCAGAAGUACCGGCCCACCAGAUCCGGUUUUUGAAGGCUUUGAAUCCAAAGUAAUAGAGCGCAAGAUGGUAGCUCAUAUGACAGGAAAGUUGGGACGGAAAAGAUCCUACAGCUCAUUUGUCGUCACUGGUAACAAGAAUGGAUUAUGCGGUAUUGCCUUGGUGUUUCAUGACUUUUUCACUCAGUUUGGAUCCACUAAACUAUUUGUUACAAAGAAACCAGAAGGCUAUGGCCUGGUUUGACACAGAGCUAUCAAAUGUGCUUGCGAAGUUAUUGGAAUAAAAGAUUUGCAUGUCAAAGUAGAAGGUUCUAUCCAUUACCAGCACACCAUCAAAGCUUUCCUGAUAGGAAUACUGAGAUAUAAAACACAUCAACAACUGGCAGAGGAAAAACUACAUUUGGUUGAAAUGAGAAAAUUUAUUUCUAUUGCCACGUAUAACAGUUUUUAUUAUAAAAUAUGUUAAGAUGCUACGCACAUAUUACUUAUGGCAAACAAUUUUUUUCAAAAUAUAAAAUUAAAAUUCUUAAAAUUAAGCAUGCGUUGAUUAUUUACUUGCAUUGCACUAGGCUGUAUCCUCUUCAGAUUUCGUUGUAUUAUACAAAAUAAAAUAUUAGGCAUUGUAAUACAAACGCAGUAUA